UUCCGCCAGCGAUACAAUUAGUUUUGUAAUAAAAAUAAUAUGCUAUUAUACGAAAAUGAAUCAAACUAUUAAUGUGGAACAAUUAAACUCUGCGCUUUCAUCUCUGAGAACCCUCCGAUCUAGCGUAAGUUAUGUAUUCGAGACUCUUUCUAACGGCCUACGAGCCGAUCACGGAGAGGACGGCAAGGAUAAAUUUCUUCAGGAGCUUCAAGAACUUCUGAACAAUGUCAACAUAAACCUGCGGGAUUUGGAGCAAACAGUGAACGGGCUUCCUUUACCUACAGCCCCGUUCAACUUAGGAAAUACGACGUAUUUAAGUCAAGAAACUACGCAAGAGCGUCAGGCAUUGUACACUCAACUUGUCAAUAGCUACAAGUGGACCGACAAAAUUCACGAGUACAGCUCAUUUGCCCACACCCUGCUGAGCCAGAACUCGCUCAAACGCUCCUACAUAAACUCCGGCAGCACAAAACGGCGCGGGAAGCUGCAAAGUAACCACAACGUCGCGCCUCUGCAAGUGGACAACGUGAUCAACAACAUAGAUCGCUCGUACAACGACAUGAAAAUCACCAUUUCCCGCCCCUUCGCCAGCAAUGCCGUGGUACAGAUAAACCUCAGUCAUGUUCUUAAAGCCGUGGUCGCUUUUAAAGGUCUGCUGAUGGAAUGGGUUAUGGUGAAAGGAUAUGGCGAAACUCUAGAUUUAUGGACUGAGUCGAGACACCAUGUGUUCAGGAAAGUGACAGAGAAUGCUCAUGCUGCCAUGCUACAUUUCUACUCUCCGACAUUGCCCGAGCUGGCUGUCCGCUCAUUUAUGACGUGGCUACACAGCUAUGUUAAUUUGUUUAGUGAUCCAUGCAAGCGUUGCGGAUGCCAUCUUCAUCACACCUCCAUGCUGCCACCGGCAUGGCGUGACUUCCGUACACUUGAACCUUUUCAUGAUGAAUGUAAACAAUAGUUAAUGUGGUAUUGAAGGGAAAGUGCAAAAUAUGAACACAACUGUUUUUGCUUUCUCCUUCAAUAAAAAAUAGAAGAUUGUGCAGUGGUAUAAGACAUGAAAAGAAGACAUUCUUGCUGAUCUUGUUAAUUCAUGAAGCCCUAAGCGGCCGCAUCCGGCCGCGAUAACAAUAGA